AUGAAAAGAAAUAAAAGAGAAAUACCUCCCGAAUUCAUAUCGGAAAAAAACCGCCAAGUUGGAUCCAGUUUGUCAGGUUUCCAAAAUGACAUGUCAUUGACAAGCUAUGUGACGACGAAAAAAAAAUGCGUGAUAAUUUUGUCAACAAUGCAUGACACGGUGGUCAUCGACCCAGACACCCAUAAACCUGAGACCAUUAUGGACUACAAUAGCACAAAAGGAGGUGUCGAUUCGGUAGACCAAAUGUGUUCAACAUACUCAACAUCUAGAAAAACUAGGCGUUGGACCAUGACGGUAUUUUUUAGAAUCUUAGACAUUGCGGGUAUAAAUUUCUAUAAGAUAUAUCUAGCAAAUAAUCUCGAAAACAAUAUCAGAAGAACGGAAUACCUGAAGACUUUGGCUAUAUCGUUGAUGCAAGAACAUUGGAGAGAACGAGCUCAGAUUUGGGGCCUUCCAAAAGAUGUUCUCACUUUUCUUUCCGAUUACAAAAAACCGACUGUUGAAAUAAAUAAAGAUACUCGAAAAGGAUAUUGUUAUUUAUGUGGGUCACAUAAAAAUAAUAGGACAAACACUGCUUGUGAAAAAUGUCAUAAAAAUGUUUGUAAAAAUCAUCGCCAACAAAGAAUUGAAUGCAGUAGGUGUUUUGAAGAUGAGGAUUUAUCAUCAUGA